AUCUGAUCAAGCGCAGCCCUGGAGCAUGCUGGGAGUUGUAGUGCGGAACUGGUACUUAAGACUACCAGCGCGCUAGUUGACAGUGGAAUAAGAGUAUCAUUAGUUUGGUUUCUCUUAGGACCGCUGAUAUUGUUCUCCACUUGGGCUUUGUUGUUCUCGCUGGCUGUGGAAGUGGACAUUUGGAGGAUACAAGAUGGCUUCCAGCAGUACCCAGACACCGUCAGGCCACGUUAAUCGUCUUAUCCACGAGAAGUCUCUGUACCUUCAGCAGCAUGCAAGGAACCCUGUUGACUGGUAUCCGUGGGGUCAGGAGGCUUUUAGCAGGGCAGCCAGAGAGAUGAAGCCAAUAUUUCUCUCCGUUGGCUAUUCCACCUGCCACUGGUGCCACGUAAUGGAGAGAGAAUCAUUUGAAGAUGAAGAGAUUGGACGGAUUCUAAAUGAAAAUUUCAUAUGCGUGAAAGUAGAUCGAGAGGAGAGGCCUGAUGUAGACGAGGUGUACAUGACAUUCCUCCAGGCUACUGAUAGUGGUGGUGGAUGGCCCAUGAGUGUUUGGCUUACACCUGACCUCCGACCUUUCGUGGGUGGGACCUACUUUCCACCUGAAGAUGGUGUACGCAGGGUCAGUUUUCGAAGUGUUCUGCUGCGAAUUGCUGAACAGUGGAAAGAGAACAGGGCCUUCCUGUGUGAGAGAAGUGAGCACAUUCUGAGUGUACUGCAGAGCAGCUCUGGUAUCGAUAGAGGUGAUGAGCCUCCACCAUGCCUCCCGGUGCAGGAACAAUGCCUCCAGCAGCUGAAAAGAAUAUUCGACGAGGAGUAUGGGGGUUUUGGAGAAUUUCCCAAAUUUCCCACCCCAGUGAAUUUUAGCUUCCUUUUUUGUUUGUGGGCUUUAAGAAAAGGAAGCCCGGAAGGCACUCAAGCUCUGCAUAUGGCAGUCCAUACACUGAAAUGGAUGAUGUAUGGAGGUAUCCAUGAUCAUAUUGGAAAGGGCUUUCAUCGAUACUCCACUGACCAGACCUGGCAUGUGCCUCACUUUGAAAAAAUGCUGUAUGAUCAAGCCCAGUUAGGUGUAACAUAUGCAGAAGCCUUUCAGAUAUCUGGGAAUGAAAUCUUUGCUGACACUGCCCAUGACAUACUACAGUAUGUGCUUCAACAUCUGAGUGAUGAUGCUGGUGGAUUCUAUAGUGCAGAGGAUGCAGACUCUCUCCCAAAUGCCCAGUCCAAGGUAAAGAAAGAGGGUGCUUUUGCCAUAUGGACAGCUAAGGAAAUCCAGCAGCUACUGGAUAUUGAGGAAACAAAUGGUAACACCUUUGGAGACAUCUUUAUGCAUCAUUACGGUGUGAAAAAGGAGGGCAACAUCUCUGCUAGCCAGGAUGUUCAUGGAGAGUUGCAAGGCCAAAACGUACUCAUCAUACGUUCAUCCCUGGAGCUCACUGCUGCUAAGUUUGGCCUGGAUGUUGCUCGGGUACAAAAAAUUCUUAGCAUGUGUCGGGAUCGAUUAUAUGAAGCUCGCAGGCUUCGUCCUCCACCCCUGAGAGACACCAAAAUUUUGGCUUCUUGGAAUGGCUUAAUGAUCUCAGGCUUUGCUCGCUGCGGAGUCAUCCUGCGAGAUGAAGGGUACAUGGAGAGAGCCAAAUUGGCAGCUUCCUUCUUGCAUGAAAAUAUGUAUGAUCUGAAGAGCGGGAUAUUGUUAAGAAGCUUCUACAAGAGCCAUCAACCAAUUGCUGAUCUAGUUCCAGGAUUUCUUGAUGACUAUGCCUUCCUCAUCCGAGGUUUACUGGACUUGUAUGAAGCGUGUUUGGAUGAAUUUUACCUUGAAUGGGCUGUCCAGCUUCAGGACAAGCAAGACCAACUCUUUUGGGACUCAAAAGGAUCUGGUUAUUUCUCUAGUGAUGCCAGCGACUCAAGUAUUCUCCUGCGUUUGAAGGAUGAUCAAGAUGGAGCAGAGCCCAGCGGAAAUUCAGUGUCUGUGGUUAACCUCCUGCGGCUGGCCUGUUACACUGGUCGUACGGAAUUUAUGGAGAGAUCAGGCCAGAUACUGGCUGCCUUCUCAGAACGGUUGCUUAAGGUCCCGGCCUCUCUUCCUGAGAUGGUUCGAGGGAACAUGAUCUAUCAUCAAACAGUCAGACAGGUGGUGGUUUGUGGGAACAGAGACGAUCCAAACACUAGACAACUGCUAGAAACUGCACAGAGCCUGUACGUCCCUAACAAGGUGCUGAUCCUUGCAGAGGGGACGCAGACCAGUUUCCUUUACAGCCAUCUGCCCUUUCUCCUGUCUUUGGAGCAGAAGGACGGCAAAGCCACAGCCUAUGUGUGUGAGAAUUUCACCUGCUCUCUGCCAACCACCUCUCCGGCUGAGCUGCGCACCAUGCUAGUGCUUUCUGGCACCCAGCAAUCCAGCCCUCUGUAGAUGUCAGCACUGAAUUCCUGUGUGAGUGUCAGUGCUGGGAGUUUCUGCAUAAACAGAUUGGUAUUUUGUGCACAAGCAUCUGGCAGUUCAUCCCGCAGGAGAUGCCGUGGGCUCUGUGCCCUGGAACAGUCUGCUUGAUUCAAAGCCACGUUAAGGCAGUAUCUGAAGGCACAAACCAAACCCGCUUUGGCCCGCUCUACUAGGCCUUGGAUGAGCCCCUCAUAACCUACUCACCUUGGAUUUACCCCUGCUAAGAAAAACAAUAUAAUAUAUUGUAAACAAUCUGUUUCAUGUCAGAACAUAUGUCACUUCUCUUUGCUUUUGUAUCACAAAUACCUAAUUUAUUAAAGAAGUGUAGCUUGCUAUUCAACCAUUGGCUGUUGAGGGUGGUGUUACUGCAGUUCAAACAGAGGACUUCUGGUUGAACAUCUCUAUAUACACUGAACAUAUCUAGCAAAUAGUACAUACUAAUAAUAAAGCCCUAUGUACUUAUAUCUAAGUUUUUUUUUACCCAUGAGGAGAUGGGAACCUCUACUCUGGCAGCGUUACUGCUGGGAGUUGCCAAAUCAGACAUACUAGAGAGAAUGGAGGCAGUGAUGUUCAGGUAGACAAAAAAAGCGACCCACACCCAACCCUAACCCAGCCCUCUUCCAACCUUAACCUGCCCUCUUCUAACCCUAUAUGAAGGAAUUCACCGGCACACAAGACGUGCUUUGGCAGGGCAAGCCCGAAACGUUGCACAUUGCAUUAAUAAAACUGCAAGGGCUUGCUCUGCUAAAGCACGUCUUGUGUGCCGGUGAAUUCUUUCAUAUCCUGUAAGUGAGGUGGCCUAUUCCUCUACCCCUGAGCACCAAAAAGAGAUAAAAUUUAGGGUAUGUAUGGUGUGCGGUGAUCUCCAACCUUGUUUGGAACUCUUCCAACCCUAACCUGUCCUCUUCCACCCCUAACCUGCCCUCUUUCAACCUUAACCUUCCCUCUUCCAACCUUAACCUGCCCUCUUCCAACCCUAACCUGCCCUCUUCCAACCGUAACCUGCCCUCUUCCAACCGUAACCUGCCCUCUUCCAACCCUAACCUGCCCUCUUUCAACCUUAACCUUCCCUCUUCCAACCGUAACCUUCCCUCUUCCAACCCUAACCUGCCCUCUUCCAACCUUAACCUGCCCUCUUCCAACCCUAACGUGGAAUGUAUUAACUAAAUGUAUCAAUUUAGAACAGUCUACAGGGUAGGAGACCCCCCCCAGAGCUGCUUUAGAAGGUGAAAAAUGACACUUUACACUUUAAUAUUAGAAAAACGGUGACAAAUAGAAAGUGAUUGGAAAAAGUUGUUAUUUCUGGUGAUCUAUCUGAAAACAACUAGUUGUUUGAAGGUGAACAACCCCUUUAAUAUUCUAUAUUGCAGGUGUAUAAUACAAUAAGGCAGAUAUGUAUGUCAGCCUGAUAGCCUUUCAUCUGUAACUGAAAGAUAGUUGUUACUGCUGUUACUUUAAAAAAAAAAAAAAAGUCCCAAAGGAGAACAAGAAAGAGUGGCUCUAUGAAGCCAAAAAAGGUAGAUUGUGACCCACCAAUAGACUUUGAGCUGGUGACCAGAAGAUGCCCACAGUGUUGGGCUGAUUUAUAGCUCCAUUAGGUCUCUCUCAGUGGGGGUCAUUUAUCAACACUGGGCAAAUUUGCCCAUGGGCAGUAACCCAUGGCAACCAAUCAAAUUGCUGCAUUCAUUGUUCUACAUUCAGCUGGCUUCAAAAAGCUAAUCACUGAUUGGUUGCUAUAGGUAACUGCCAAUGGGCAAAUUUGCCCAGUGUUGAUAAAUGAGCCCCAUUAUGUCUAAAAAUGUGACUUCCAUUUGAGCGCUGUACAUUUAAUCAUAACAUUAUGUGCUUUAUUUUCUCUUGUAAAUUAAUCGAGUGUGUAUUUACCGUAUUAACUUAGUGUCAUAUAGAAAAUAAAAAUCCAGAAACGUU